AUGGACCUAUUUGAGGAGGCUGAUCCUUGGAAUCCAAAGAAAGACAGCGAUAUUGUGCCCAGAAAUGAGUGGGCAUCGAAUGGCACUCCGUCUCUCUCGGACAAUAUCAAUGCAUCCCUAGAGACUCCAUUCCGAGACAUGACACUAGCUGGUACUACUAGGGAGACUGGUCUGCCGACUGUGGCUGGUAAUAUUUUGAAAUCGAGCAUCUGGGAAGACUCCUCAGCUGCAAAUGAUGAAGAUAUUCUGUCUGAAAGAGGACCUUUUAAUUAUGGCUCCAACUUGAGUGGCAAUCCUGCCCAACAAACUACCAAUGAGGAUGUAUUAUCGAAUUCUGAGGUACAGGAGCCCCACGAGUUGAGUGAGGACCUAAAUGACUGGCUCAAAAGUGUGAGGAAUACGUAUAAACCCUUGAGUGCUGAUAUAAUACUCAUCGAGCAGUUGCCUGACAGAGAGGGCCUGUUGUUCAAGCAUACAAACUAUGUUGUCAAGCACCUGGUACCACUACCUGAUACAGAAACUUCUAAAGAUCGCAGUGUCAUAAGACGUUACUCGGACUUUGUAUGGUUGCAAGAAGUACUUCUUAAACGUUAUCCCUUCCGCUUGAUACCUGAACUUCCUCCAAAAAAAAUAGGUACACAAAAUGCAGAUGCUGUCUUUCUAGAGAGAAGGAGAAGAGGUUUGACAAGAUUUAUCAAUCUUGUGAUGAAGCAUCCAGUUUUAAGCAAGGAUGAUCUUCUUCUUACUUUUCUAACAGUGCCCACUGAUCUAUCGAGCUGGAGAAAGCAGGCAAUUUAUGAUACGACAGAGGAGUUUAGUGAUAAGAAGAUCACCUCUAGUUUCACAAAGAUGUGGCAGAAGGAAAUUUCUGAACAGUGGAACGAAGCAGAGGCAACCACUGAAAGAUCAAUAGAGCAAUGGGUUAAAAUUACUGUCUUCAUGGAGAGAUACGAGAGAAGGGUCAAGUUCAUGGCCCGAGAGCGCUUAGCGUUGGGAUCUUUGGUGCAGGAAUUCUCUGGAACGAUACCCAGUUUGUACCCAGUCCAGCAAGGUGGCACCAUUCUAGACAUUAAAAGCCACCUGAGUAUUAUAGACAAACACCUGGGCUCUACGGAAGAGCUCUGCAGUGAGAGAACCAAGGAGUUUUCUACUGGAUUAGUUCCAAAAUUUCGCAUCUUCAUAGACGUUUUGCUUUCUUUGAGAGGACUAUUUGAGAGGUAUAGAUUGAUGGCUGGCAACAACAUUGCUCAGUUGCAGAGGCGCGUUGAGAUCAACACACAAAAGAUCGAAGGCAUGAAGGACAAACCUGACGUAAGCGGUGUCGAAUAUGACAAGAUAAAAUCAGUCAUUCAAAGGGACAAGAAAACAAUUAGUGAGGAGCUGAACAGAGCAUGGCUGAUAAGAGAAUGCAUCCUAGAGGAAUUUACGGUUUUCCAAGAGACGCAAUUCUUAAUCAGUCGCGCUUUUCAAGAGUGGGCUAAAUUGAACUCCACUUUUGCAGGGCUCAGUGUAAAUCAAUGGGAAAAGCUGACCGAUAACUUGUCAGAUAUGCCCACCUCCAAUGGAUUGUAA